AUGUUACAUUUACUUUCAAAGAGUCUUAUUAUCACUUUUGCGGUGAUCAAUGGUGUGUCAGCACUUACGCUACCAGCCCCUUCAGCCAUUGAAGUGCCAUUACGACUUGUGUCUCGCCCCCAGCAAGAGGGUGAUCCAGAGCUACUUUAUCGACGACAAGCUGAUUCUACCUUGAUCUAUGAGCAAAGCAACUUGGAGCCUGUGAUUCAAGUGGGCGUUGGUACACCAGCUAAAGACUUUUACUUGGUAUUUGAUACUGGCAGUGCCGAUUUUUGGGUUCCUGGACCUUUUUGUACCAGUCGUCAAGGAUGUCCAUCGGGUCGCCGCUACGAUCCAUCAAAGUCCAGUACUCAUGAAAGCGUACCAAGGAGCCGAUCCUUAUUUAUGGCUGUAUAUGGGUCUCAAACGACGACUGGAGAAUACAUGGAGGAUACUAUUACAAUUGCAGACAAUGUGACCCUUCCUUCUCAAGAAAUUGCAGCUGUUCUUAAAACAAAAGGCUUGCUGUCAUCGGGGAAUGCUGGCGGUGGUGUUGUUAUUGAUGGUAUUAUGGGAGCUGGUUAUCCCACAUUGACCAUGUCAUCCACCAAUUACAACUAUCAAUACUUGCCGGUGCCUCAGCAUUUGUAUGAGAACAAAGUUGUGCCUGAGCCAUUUUUCUCGGUAUACAUUGAUGGUGAUGAUAGCCGUGGUGGAUCCGUCGUAUUCGGUGGAUUGCAACAAAACGCCGUCGCCGAUUCAUUACGUAAAACGCCUGUAGCAAAGUCGACGCAUUUUAAUGGUGAUGCUAAUCACUAUUACCAAUGGCGUGCCCAUAUCAGUGGAUUUUCACGCACAAGCACGGGGGAUAAUGCUUCAUCAACAAAUGUACUCAGCAUGGAUGAAGGUAGCAGCUUCCAUUUCGAUACUGGUACUGCUACAAGCCGUCUCCCAAAUGGACAAGGCGACAAGUUAGCUCGUGCUCUCUUUGGCGAUAGUCAUGUGACCCAUUUACGCAAUGUCUAUCUCAUUUCAGAUUGCACACAGUUCAAAAAUCAAAAUGAUUGGGUGUUGAGCCUUUCUCUCCCUGACACUGAAGGCAAUUCAUUCACGAUCGAGUUCAAGCCAUCCGAUUUACUCAUCGAUUACUUACCCAUUUUUGACCAAUGCAUGUUUGGUUUCAUGGAUGGCAACGAUUAUUUCAUUGGCAACAACCUCAUGAAGGAUUAUGCCACUGUCUUCAACUUUGGUGACAACACUAUUGGCUUUGCUGAUAUCAAUGAUGCAUAG